CGGAAGCAAAAAGAUCACAGUUGUAUCAAGUGUUCAUUCAAGUAGCUGACUUUUUUGUCCAAGUUCAUAAUCAUUUUAAUUGACCAGACUCAAUCAAAGUAAAUUUGUGUGUGUGUGUGUUUUGACAAGUUUACACACAGUUCGCUAGUAGUGGCUGCCGGAAAAAAUCAAACCGUCAUCUUUGCAUUGCAUGGCUAUAUAUUGCAACCCCUUGGAGGACUCAUGGAACAAACAACUACCAGAUAAACCUCUUACCAUCCGAAAUCAAACAUUAAUUUUAUACUUUUCCCAAAUUAGCUGAGAAAUGGCUCCAUCUUUUGAUGACACCAGCUCUUUGUUCGAUUUUGUUGUCCGAAAAGGCAACGGUGUUAAAGGUCUAGUAGAUUCAGGAAUCGAAAAUGUCCCAAGAAAAUAUAUUCAGCCAGCAUCUGAGCGCAUCCUCAAAAUCGUGGGAAAUGAAAACUCAUCGUAUCACAACAAUGUUUCCCCAAUUGAUUUAUCAUUGCUAGAUGGUCCUAACCAUGAUCAAGUAGUGAAAGCCAUUGUUACCGCUUCCGAAACUCUUGGUUUUUUCCAAGUAGUUAACCAUGGUGUUCCGGUGGAUCUCUUGGACUCUCUCAAACAAGCUGCCCACCGUUUUUUCGCGCAGUCUCCUGAGAAGAAGGCGGUGUAUCUCCCUGGGGAGGGACGGAGCCGUCUCGUUAAAUAUGGAACCAGCUUUGCCCCAGAGAAAGAAAAGGCUUUGGAAUGGAAAGAUUAUCUCAACAUGGUUUACAGUAACGAAGCUGAGGCACUUGAGCAUUGGCCUAAACUAUGCAAAGAAGAGGCCCUUGAGUACUUGAAAUCCUCGAAUCAGAUGGUGAGGAGGCUGUUGAAAAUUUUAUUUGAAAAUCUUGGAGUAAAACUAGAGGAAUCAAGAUUGGGUUCACUGAUAGGCCUAAAGAUGGUUAACAUGAACUUUUACCCAGCUUGCCCUAAUCCAGACCUCACAGUCGGAGUGGGACGCCAUUCUGACAUGGGUACAUUAACCAUAUUACUCCAAGAUGGCAUCGGAGGUUUGCAUGUUAAGGUAGAAGAAGAUUUUGUUUCAGGACGGAAAGAAGAGUGGAUUGAGAUUCCACCAUGUCCGGGUGCUUUGGUGAUCAAUGUCGGUGAUGCUGUACAGAUUCUAAGCAAUGGAAGGUAUAAAAGUGCAGAACACAGAGUUCGGACCACGAGUAAACAAUCAAGAGUGUCUGUACCGAUUUUCACCAUACCGAAACCGACAGAGAAGAUUGGUCCUCUGCCUCAAUUGGUUGAACGCGACGGGAUGGCUCAUUACAAAGAAGUGGUAUUUCAGGACUACAUGAACAACUUUUUUGGAAAAGCUCAUGAAGGCAAGAAAUCACUUGAUUUUGCCAGAGUCAACUAAUUAC